UCAAGGCCAUUCAGAAGGUGUGUUGUCUGAAACCAGAGGUCUUAUAACUCAGCAUCCUACUCCUGACUGGCCAUUACGUCAUCGAGUACACUACAUAUCAUUCCCUAUUUGGUGUCUCUUACUAUCUAACAAAUCCUGAUGUUUCCAAAGGUGAUAGCAAUCCCCCGCUUGUGUAAACGUCAUCUGAAUCAGUUUUUGAAGCAGCAUAUCCGUCAGUGUGUGACUGUCCCCACAUCAUCUGUCCCCCAUGUGUGUGUUGUUGGAAGUGGCCCUGCAGGGUUUUAUACAGCCCAACAACUCCUCAAGGGCAACCCUGACAUUGUAGUAGACAUCUAUGAGAAGUUACCUGUACCAUUUGGACUAGUACGAUUUGGUGUAGCUCCAGAUCACCCUGAGGUCAAGAAUGUGAUCAAUACCUUUACUAAAACAGCACAGUCUGAAAGGUGUUCCUUCAUAGGCAAUGUAGAGGUAGGAAGGGAUGUAACUCUACAACAGCUAAGAAAAGCAUAUUCAGCUGUGGUGCUGGCAUAUGGUGCUGAUGAUGACAGGACACUAGGUAUCCCAGGGGAGGAACUAAACAAUGUUAUAUCGGCACGGUCGUUUGUGGGAUGGUUCAACGGACUUCCCCAGGAUAAGGAUUUGAAGGUGGAUCUGAGUGCAGAGAGAGCAGUCAUACUUGGACAUGGAAAUGUGGCUUUAGAUGUGGCCAGAAUCCUCCUCACACCUGUAGAUAUACUUAAGAAAACAGAUAUAUCCCAGCAUGCUUUAGAUGCUCUGUCACAAAGCUGUGUAAAAGAAGUUUUGUUGGUUGGAAGGCGGGGACCACUACAAGUAGCCUUCACUAUCAAAGAGCUACGUGAAAUGAUUAAAAUUCCUGAGUGUAAACCAAAUCUCAACCCAAAAGAUUACCUGAAACUCAACGAUCUCCUACCAGAUCUGCCACGCCCAAGGAAACGAUUGACAGAGCUUCUGUACAAAACAGCACUUGAACCCACACCUACAGAUAAGAAAUUAUGGGCAGGUGCCAAGCGGGAAUGGAGGCUUGAUUUCCUGAGGAGUCCAGUACAUAUUUAUGGGGAAACUAAGGCUACAGGGGUUAAAUUUGCCAUCAAUAGGCUUGAGGGAGAAGACCCUGUCAUAAAGACAGCAGUUGUCACAGAGGAAACAGAAGAUAUUGACUGUGGUCUGGUGCUGAGGAGUAUUGGUUACCAGAGUGUGUCUAUUGACAAGGAUAUUCCUUUUAACAUGCAGAAAGGAGUGGUCUCUCAUUCACAGGGGAGAGUGAAGGGGCUUGCUGGUGUUUACUGUAGUGGGUGGGUUAACACGGGUCCUGUAGGUGUCAUCCUCACUACAAUGACCAACGGGUUUGACACAGGCAAGACAAUCAUCCAGGACCUAUCCAAUGGUGUGCUGGAAGUGUCUGGGAAACUGGGCAAGGAUGACAUUCUGCCUCAAUUACAGAAAUUAGGAGUUCAGGUUGUUCAUUUUUCUGACUGGAAGAAGAUCGAUGAAGCAGAAGUCAAGAAAGGGAAAGAAUGUGGAAAACCAAGAGAGAAAUUAGUAAACAUUGACUCUAUGUUAAAAAUUGCUUCUUCAUGUGAAUAGGUACUUAAUGAUGGAAAAUCACCAUUUGUUAUUCCAAUCUAAAUUCUACAAAACUGCUUUACAGAGCCAAGAAAUAGAAUUAAAAACAAACUACAUCAAUAAUGUAAUUUACUAAAUAUCUUCAACAGAUAACCAAUUAAUCAUAGACAGUAAUGAAUGUAUUAAAUUUAAUCAGUGAUAUUACAAAAUAGUUUUAUACAACCAAGGAAAUAGUGGGAUAAAGAAUCUUAAUUGGUUCAUAAAUGGAUGUAGUAUGGUACAUAUUUAUCUAUACUAUACUAUACAAAACAAUCAUUUUCCUGUCAUUCUAUAAUGUCAGGUAAAGUUCCAGCUAUGGGGGAUAAUCACUCUGUGGCUUCACUAAAACUUAGAACCAUAAUCAGUAAAAUCUUACAGACUAAAGCUGAAGCUGAAACAGGAAAUCUGAUCAUAUGCUGUACAUGUGUAGUAUUGGAAGUGAACAUCAUUUUGUAUUUCAUGCUACACUGUUUUUGAGAAGUGCACCAUUUCUGUUAUGAGUAAUUGAGGAAAGUUUCUUGCUUUAGUACUUACAAAUUAACCUUGAAGAUCCUAGUAUGAAAACUGUGAGGAAGAAUAAUUUAUACUCUGAAAGGAAUUUAAAUGCAUGUGUGUAACAUACCGGUAACAAUUUGGAAAUUUGGAAAAGAGAAGAUUGAUAUUGUUGAAGUGAAUUUGUUAUUGUUUGUGAGGAUGUACAAGUAAAUAAAUUAUUGUUAAAAAUU